AUGGAGGUACACUGUCCAGGAGCUGGCAGCAGAGUCAGCCGUGAGCUACGCUACACCAAGGAGAAGCAAGGCGAGGAGGCGGUCUUCACCUCGCAAAUACUCAUCCAGACCUCGCGAGAAGCAGGCACUGACAUCCUUACCCAGGAUGCUUUGCUACAGCACCUGCAGGCUGCUCUAGCUGCCAGUAAAGUUCAGGUGUCACUCUACGGAAAGUCAUGGGAUCUGAAUAAAAUUUGCUACAAGUCAGGGGUCCCCAUCAUCGAGAACGUCAUGAUCGAGAGGAUGAUUGACAAGCUGUUCCCAUGCAUGAUUGUGACUCCACUGGACUGCUUCUGGGAGGGGGCCAAACUGCAAGGAGGCUCCGCCUACUUACCGGGGAUGCCUGACAUCCAGUGGAUGAACCUUGACCCACUGAAACUGAUGGAGGAGCUGAGCCAGUUCACCUCGCUGGAGGGCUUCAGGGAGAUGCUGGAGAAGGCCCAAGUGGGCCAUGCCUACAUGAACCGGCCUUGCCUGGACCCAGAGGACCCCGACUGUCCUCAGAGUGCCCCUAACAAGGAGCUGCGUCAGGAGGACGAUUCCCCGUCAGUUUCGGAGGAUGCGGCAGAUUGGCUGGAGCGGAGGCCUCACUUACGAGCGCGGCACGGCAGAUCGGUCAGCCGCCGCUAA